AUGGGGGAGGAAGAAAAGAAACCAGAGGAAGCAAAGAAGCCUGAGGAAGAAAUGAAGAAAGAAGAAGCCCCGAAAGCUAAUGAGAAACAGGGUAAUGAAAAGAAGGAGGAAAAGAAAUCCAAGGAACCGCUGCCACCACCGCCGCCGCAAGAAAUCAUUUUGAAAGUCUACAUGCAUUGUGAAGGCUGUGCCACAAAAGUCCGCAGAUGCCUCAAGGGCUUCCAAGGAGUAGAGGAUGUAACAACAGAUUGCAAGACGAGUAAGGUGAUUGUGAAAGGUGAAAAGGCAGAUCCAAUUAAGGUUUUGGAAAGGGUUCAAAGGAAGAGCCACCGUCAGGUGGAGCUUCUGUCUCCAAUCCCAAAACCGCCAGCGGAAGAACCUAAGAAACCCGAAGAAAAAGAGGUGGCUAAAGCAGAAGAGAAAAAACCAGAGCCUCCGGUGAUUACAGUAGUCUUGCAAGUUUACAUGCAUUGUGAGGCUUGUGCUCAAGUAAUCAGAAAGCGAAUACAGAGAAUGGAAGGAGUGGAAAGUGCAGAGCCAGACCUAAACAGUUCACAAGUGACAGUAAAAGGUGUGUUUGAGCCUGAAAAUCUUGUUAAUUAUGUAUACAAGAGAACGGGAAAGCAAUCGGUGAUCUUGAAGUCAGAGCCAGUGAAGAAAGAGGAGAAAGAGAAAGACGGUAAAGACGAGAAGAAAGCCAAGAAGGGAGAAAAAGGAGCCAAGAAAGGUGGUGAAGAGGCUAAAGAAAACAAGGAUGGAGGCGGGGACAAUGGUGGCGCUAGCGGUGGCGGUGAAGAACCACCGGCUAAACCCGAGGUCGAGCCCGAGGUCGACACCAUACUAGAGUUGAAAAAGAAUGAACUCAACUAUUACUACCCUCAAAACUAUCAGAUUCAACCUCAAAGAUUUGUCCAAGAGAAUUAUGAAUAUGCUCCUCAGAUCUUCAGUGAUGAAAACCCUAAUGCAUGUUCUGUUAUGUAA